CGUUCUGCGGCCUGGAGCUGGAGGAGAGAUUUCUAUCCUGGACUGGCAGUGAUGGCUUUUGAAAAUUCCUUUUAGAGGGGAUUAGAAGCCGUGGGGCACGAGGUGGAAUUAUAGACAGCAAACUCUUUGUUACUUCUGAGUAUUUAUUCUGCACUGAUAUUGGUGGCCUUUGAAGCUGUUUUUCCAGGGUAUUAGAAGAGAAAGGAUUUACAGAUGGGAAACUCAAAGUAAAGAUCACAAUAAGAUCUGACAGAGUCAAUCGAUUCAUCAGAACCUGAAUAUCGUCAGCAUCUUAAUGUGGAAGGGGAUUAGAACGGGAGGAUUUACAGACAGGAAACUCAAGUCAAAUAUCACAUCAGGAUCUGACAGAGUCACUCGAUUCAUCAGGACCUGAAUAUCAUCGGUCUUUGAUUGUGAAAGGAGAAAUGUUUGUCUGUUUGGUCUGUGGGAAAAGAUUUCAAACAUCAGUGUGACUGGAAAAGCAUUGAGACACACACACGCCUGAGUGAGAGUGUUCCAGUGAACUGACUGUGGAAAGAUCUUUAACCAGUUACAGAUCCUGAAAAAACAUCACACCAUUCACAGUGGGGAGAGACUGUACACGUGUUCUGUGUGUGGAUGAGGCUUCAACUUAUCAUCCAACCUGGAGAGACACAAGGACACUCACACCAUGGAGAAACCGUGGAAAUGUGGGGACUGUGGGAAGGGAUUCAAUUACCCUUCUGAGCUGGACACUCAUCAACGCAAUCACACUGGAGAGAAACACUGUAAAUGUGGGGACUGUGGGAAGAGAUUCAAUUACCCAUCCCAGCUGGAGAUUCAUCAGCGCAGUCACACUGGGGAGAAACCAUUCACCUGCUCCAUGUGCAGGAAGGGAUUCACAGAGUUAUCCAAGCUGCACAUGCACAUGCGAGUUCACACCAGGGAGAGGCCAUUUUCCUGCUUGGUGUGUGGGAAGGAAUUUGCACAGUUAUCCACCCUGCUGACAAACCGACGUGUUCACACUGAUAAGACACCUUUUCAAUGUUCAGAAUGUGAGAAGAGUUUUAAAAGCAGAAGUGAGGUGGUGACACACCAAUGCACUCACACUGGGGAGAGGCCAUUCAUCUGUUCUCUGUGUGGGAAGGGAUUCACUCAGUCUUCCACAUUGCAGAAGCAUCAGAGAGUUCACACUGGGGAGAGGCCGUUCAUUUGCUCCGUGUGUGAGAAGGGAUUCACUCAGUCUUCCAGUCUCACGGAGCACCAGAGAGUUCACACUGGCGAGAGGCUAUUCACCUGCUCUGAGUGCCGUAAGGGAUUCACCCAUUCAUCCCACCCGCUGACACACCAGCGAGUUCAUCCUGGAGAGAAGCCAUUCACCUGUUCUGUGUGUGGGAAGGGAUUCAUUCAAAAAUUCAGCCUGCUGGGACACCAGCGACUUCAUACUGGGGAGAGACCAUUCACCUGCUCUGAGUGUGGAAAGGGAUUCACUUGGUCAUCCAACCUGGUGACUCAAGCGAAUUCACAAGUGACUGCAGAGGUUGGACUGCUGUUGUUGCUGCUGUUAAUCACAUCCAGGAUUGAACAAUGUUCAUUCUGACAGCUGGUGUUUCUUUCUGCUGAUGUUUAUAAUCCCUGUAACUGGGCUGGAGUUUAAUAUUCUGUGAAAUAAAUCAGGCCUCGCAGUAUCUGUGGACAGAGAAACAGAGUUAAUGUUUUGAGUCCAUAUAACUCUCGUCCUUCGAGGAAGAGUUACAUUGGACUCAAAACAUUCAAUCUGUUUCUCUAUCCAUAGAAGUUGACAGACCUGCUGAGUUUUUCUGGCGUUUCCUGUUUAUAUUUCAGAAUUCCAGCAUCCGCAGUUUUAAAAACAUUGUUAAUUUUUGUACUGAGUGUUUAACAUCAGCUGGCUGGAGCUCAGAAAGGACAAUCUGUGGAAGGAUCAUACGGCAGGAACAGAACUUCAGCCUGGACACAGUCCUUCAAGGUCACACCGAGAGGGACAAAUGGCACUUUGGUCUUUCUCAUCUCUCUUCACUGACCAAAGUCCCCGUGUGGGUUAAUCCUGAGGUGUGUAAGAAAUAUGUCCCAGCUGCUCAUGGUUCAGGGCUCCUAGACACGGAAUAGAAGGCUCCUUUACAACUGGGUUUAGAGUCAGGAAGAACAACAGUGAAUGCUGGAAAUGUGCUGUCAAAUCGGAGAUUGGUGUAAAACUGUGACCUGUUGCUGACAGAGAGUGAAACGGCAGGUUUAAGUUUCCAGUCUGGAAAUAAUUGUGGUAAUUAUUCUAGAAUAUUUAAUGUGACUGUCCUGAAUCUACCAUUUUGAGGCAGGUGUUACUUUGUUUUCAAGAAACCUUUUGAAAGUAAAUUGGUUAAAGUCUGCAAUUAAAUUAGGAGGAGUUCACAUGAGCCUGUUAACUGUUGCUAUAAUUAUACAACAGGCAUUUGAUCUUGAUAUAAAGAAGGGUACAGUAGCCUAAUGGUUAUCUUACUGGGUUAGUAACACAGAAGCUGACCUGAUAAUCUGGUAGGUGUCAGUUCAAAUCCCACCACAGAAGUUGGGGAAUUUAAAUUCUAUUAACUGAAUAAAAAGCUGGUAUCACAUGAAA